CCCUGCCGCCACACCCACUCCCUGUGAAGACACCCAGGGAGAUGGACGAUGGAUGUCUCUGCACAACCGCUUUGUGUCUGACAGCAAAGACAAAGAACCUGAUGUCCUGUUUGUUGGAGACUCUCUUGUUCAGCUGAUGCACCAGUUUGGGAUAUGGCGACAGUUGUUCUCUCCUCUCCAUGCCCUCAAUUUUGGGGUGGGCGGUGACGCGACACAACAUGUGCUGUGGAGACUGAGUAACGGCGAACUGGAUAACAUCAGCCCAAAGGUUGUAGUGCUUUGGGUAGGCACUAACAAUCAUGGUCACACCGCUGAACAAAUCUGUGGAGGUAUCAUGGCUAUUGUCCAAGUCAUCAAGAACAAGCUUCCACAUGCUCGGACGCUCAUACUUGGUAUACUGCCCAGAGGUAAAUCGCCAAACCCUCUGCGGGAGCGAAAUGCCAAGGUGAACCAGCUGGUCCAGGAGGCCAUAUCGUCCCUUCCCCACGCCUCGUUCCUGAAUGUGGAUCCGGGCUUUGUCCACUCCAAUGGUAGCAUCUCCCAUCAGGACAUGUAUGAUUACCUUCACCUGACCCCCCAGGGGUACCAGGUUGUGUGUGAACCCCUGCACGCCCAUCUCAAGUCCAUGUUAGAUAAACCUGCUGAGAAUUGAGCAACCAGGGCACAAACUUACACUACGGCAGUGGUCCUCAUCCCUGUUUCCAGAGAACAUCCCACUCAACUUAUUAAUACAAGGAAUUAUGGAGAGAAUCAUUUAUUAAGGACUAAGAGCUGCACACAUUAUUUGUGCAAGUCCUCUUCCUGGCCAGGGUUGGUGACCACUGUCACAGAUAAUGGUAACCUAAAGUCUUUUGUGUUUAUAAUACAGUCAGAAAUUAAAUGUGCUGUGCUAUAGAGAGACAAAGUCUUGCCUCAUACCUGAUAGGCAUCUGUUCCACUAGUUUUUAGUUCUCAGUGUUUUUCCACAGAAGGAGUUCUUAAUUUCUCUGCCACAUGAUACAAAUGGUGAAUAUGAUAUGGGGAAAUCCCUCUCUGUCGCCCGUCUGGUCAUGACAAUGAAGGGAUAAACAGUUUUAGGUAAAUAAAUCCAGAUGUCUAGUUGUUAUGAAUAAAGCUUUUAAAAAGAUGCAGUAACUUUUUUUUUUUUACGCUAAUGAAGAUAUGCUGUAGGUCAAAACAUUAGUUGCUGCUCCUUAUUAAAAACCUCAUUUAUAACUGUGUCCUCCAGAUGUCAUCCCUUCAGCUACAGCUCUCAUGAGACUAUCUCAGCCUAUUUUUACCUUGGAAUAUGGACAGAUAACUGCUUUUCAGAAGACACCUUCUAUGACAUAAUACAUUGUCUACCCGAGGUUACUGGAACAAGAACUGGCUGGAAAAAGGUGCAAGACUUUGGCUCUUUAGUAGCCAGGAUAUGUCUGGUAAAAAAUAUGACAUACAAGAACUGCCUUUACCAGGAAGUUGCUGUUAUUUGUCAUUUUGGUUUCUUAGUUUCACUAAGUUCCUUGAGUUACAUUUAUUUGGCAAUAGCUUUACUUUGUUUGUGGUGUCUGAUGUCUUUUGUAUAUGUUAAUUUGAAUGACCAAAUGUUUUGGAUUGACCAUUACUGUCUAUUUGCUUUUUAUCAUGUCUCAUUAUUGUUCUUGUACUUUAUUGCUUCACCUAUUGUAACAGCAACAGAUAUUGACGUGAGAGGCUGUUUUUGUUUUGUUGCAAACAUAAAUGUAUUUGAGUAGGUCGUGAAGUUGUAUAGCUAUAUCUAAAGUUGCUUGUGCUUCAAGUUUAAUCUCAUCUGCAACAUGGUCCAUCAGACCAUCUGAAAAGGCUUUACUUCACACUAAAAUUCUUCUGAGCCCCUUGUAAGGAUUGUGCUACAGAACUUGAAUUAUGAUUCAGGAUGUCUGAUUGUGUAAGUGAUGAAAGAAUGCAUUAAAUGUGAAAACAAAAUGGU